GAAAUUAAUAGUUAGUUCUUAUAUUAAAACAUCCUUCAAAUCUAAACCUCCAAUACUCAAAACUCUCUAAAAUCUUGUUAAAAGAUCUACCUGGUUUUAGAAACUAUAACAUUCGACUAUAUCCCUCAACCAAAACACAUUAUCCACCGCCAUCGUCACUUUCAUUUCCUUGACCAAACAUGAAUAUAGAAUCUACAUACGAACAGCAAGAACCUGGCCAAAAAGAAAUGAAGUGAAGUGGAUGUGGAAACGUAGAAACUAGGAGGAGUGACGACAACGUUGGCGGGAAAUCAAACCGGGUCAAGUGGUCGUCCAAGAACGCAGCACGUGAUGCGGAUCUGGAUCGGUGUCUACUACUCGGUGUACUCGACUAUUUCGAACUGCAAAACUAACGAAUCUUAUUAGCGUUGGCCCCCAAGACGCUGCCGCGCUCCCUUCCUCCUCGAAGCCAACAAGCCAAAAGAAACCGCAAAAAACAGUCAAGCGGAAUGUAAAAAAUACAAAAAAAAAAAAAAAAGAAGAACAUAAAAAGAAAUCGAACUAAAGACCAGAUCUCCCCGGGCAGUCCAACCAAUUGCUCAAUUGUGUUCAGUUCGUCCGUAGUGACGGUUACGUUUCGAUUUUGGUUACGAUUAUAAUAUAUAUAUAUUCAUUAAGAAGUUUUUCGGAUAUAUCGAAAGUGAAUUUAUCUUUUAAAAAUGAGCGGUCAAUCGGGUUUAAUGGCCAAUCUGGCCGAGGUGGUCAAGGAGGCCAAGGACGAGGAGAUCCAAAUGCCCAAGUCAAAUGAUUUCUUUGAGUCUAAGACCUUUCGCCUGCUCACCCUGAUGCUGUACAUGGGUGGUGUCAGCGGUAUGGGUCUCACUUUGGCGGUCUACUACCUCUUUAUCUGGGAUUCGCGCAUGCCACCGCUACCAGUGUUCAAGCAUACGCAUCCAAUUGGCUAGGAUCAAAUGGUCAGAAACACAGCCAGCCAUUUAGUUCUUCCCAUCGACAUCAGUGACCAGAUUCGG